AUGCUUUCGCUCCACAUGGCGUUGCUCCUCGGAGUCAUCUUCGCUUCCAUCCUUACAAGAGCGGCCUCGGUGGGCGUGUGCUACGGCAUGAGCGCCAACAACCUGCCGCCGGCGAGCACCGUCGUCGGCAUGCUCCGGGACAACGGCUUCAACUCGGUGCGUCUCUAUGCACCGGACAGUGACGCGCUGGCGGCACUCGCCGGCACCGGCAUCGGCGUCAUCGUCGGGGCGCCCAACUACGUUCUACCCGAGCUGGCCGCCAGCGCGUCCGCGGCGGCCGCGUGGGUCCGCGCCAACAUCGCGGCACACCCAGAUGUCUCCUUCCGGUACCUCACCGUGGGCAACGAGGUGGCCGGCAGCGACACGCAGUACCUGGUCCCAGCGAUGGAGAACGUUCAGGGCGCGCUCGCCGCGGCCGGGCUGGGCGACGCCGUAAAGGUCACGACGGCGAUAUCGCAGGCCACCAUCGCGGUCCACGUGCCGCCAUCGGCCGGCGAGUUCGCCGACGAGUCCAAGCCGUUCCUGCUUCCCGUGCUGCAGUUCCUGGAGCGCACCGGCGCGCCGCUCCUGGCCAACCUGUACCCGUACUUCGUGUACACGUACAAGGCCGCUGGCGACAUGGACGUCAGCUUCAUGCUGUUCACGGCGCCGGGGACGGUGGUGCAGGACAGCGAGUACGGGUACCAGAACAUGUUUGACGCGAGCGUGGACGCGGUGCACGCGGCGGUGGAGCGGCUCGGGGUGAGCGGCGUCGACGUGGUGGUGUCGGAGACCGGGUGGCCAUCGGCGGGCGGCGAGGAGGCGUCGGUGGAGAACGCGAGGACGUACAAUCAGAACCUGGUGAGCCACGUGGGGAAGGGCACGCCGCGGCGGCCGUGGAAGGUGGAGACGUACGUGUUCUCCAUGUUCAACGAGAACCUCAAGGAGGCCGGCGUGGAGCAGAACUGGGGGCUCUUCUACCCCACCACCGAUAGGGUGUACCCCAUCACCUUCGGCAAGUGA